GACCGAUGACGGUCGAUUUGGAGGCUUCGCCAGUUUCCAAACGGAGCCGUCCUUCGGAGGCUCCAAGGGCCGUCUUUGCAGCGGAGGACGAGGACGGGCCUACCGAGGCCGUCACCAUCGCCUGUCCCUCGAAGACAGUGCAAUUUGUCAACCACAUGAUCCUCGGAUCCCAAAUGGAGCUGCCAGAGGUUGACGAGUUGCCGAAGAAGCUUCUUCGGGAGCAGGCUGGCCGUGCCUUCCGAUUGCAGGCAGCGGCGUCCAUGGAGAUGUGGCUCUGCGCCAAGCGAGCCAUCUCCGCUGCUGAAAAGGCGAAGAGGGCUUACGAUGACGGCAGGGCUAAAGUCGCCGAAGCUGGCAAGGCUAUUCAGGCCCACGCCCAGCUACUAAGGGAGAAAGAGGCUGCCGAACGGCGGGCCCUUGCUUCGGAAGCGAUGGCGGGCGAGGCGCGGGCAGAGCUGGAGGCUGUGCGGGCGGCUCUGGAGGCAGCGCGGGCGCUCGGAUAUCGUUCGUCGGGGGAGUUCGCUGCCCUGCUGGACGGGGGAGUCGGCUCCGAGAUGGUGGGUAUGUUGUACCGAUUCAAACGGUACAACCCUGGCCAGAAGCUGAACCUCAACUUCGCCGCCGAUCCCCCUCCCCUUCCCGAAGGAAUUACUGAAGAGAUGAUCGAAGAAUACGAAGGGGAGGACGCCGCCGAGGCUCCUGGGACUGCCGACGCCGCCGCCGGUGACGAAGCCGCUGCCUGA